UUGAAGAUGAAAUUUACAGAACAGUUGUCGAUAUACUACAAAUGUCAAAUGCUUAUUAUAGCUAAGAAGAAAACUACUUUCAAAAGAAAAGCAACAAAAACAAUAUAAAGAAUUUGACAUUUAAAAUAUCAAAUUUCUGCUGUUGUCGAUGUGUUUUGCUGCUGGCGUAAAUUCCCUUUGAUUUUUGUGUGUGUAUUUAACAUAAUAGAUUGUGCAGCGGGCGAGUGUACUUUGUCGUGUUUGUAGUUUGGAAAAUUUUUCAUUUUGGCUUUUUUCUCAUAAUAAACUAAAUAAAAAAAAAGUGACACAUUUUUAUAACAACGCUUAAUUUAGUUGCACUCAUUUCUAACCAAAAAAAAAAACACCAAAUCAACCAACCAAAACAACCACCCAUCCAACCAAAACAAUAACUACUCCCACUACAUUAUUAAAAAGUAGAUUUUAACGUUAACCUAGAAAAACCAUAACCACAAAUUUUCCACCAUAGGACUAUCAGAGACAGCAGUUAUGGACGUUAUGUCUUCUUCAUUGCAACAGCAGCGUAUUAUUGUCGAACAAUUGAGACGUGAAGCGGCUGUAGAUCGUCAACCUGUUUCCGAAUCUUGUGCUGCCAUGAUGCGUUAUAUAUCGCAACAUGAACAGGAAGAUUAUCUUUUGACUGGUUUCACUAGUCAAAAAGUUAAUCCUUUCCGUGAGAAAUCCUCUUGCAGUGUACUCUAAAUUAAACUUAUAAUGAUGAACAAGAAGAGACAAUGGUGGAGGAGAAGAAGGAGGAGUAGAAUGAAGAUGAAGGAAGAAAGCAGCAGCAGUUUAUGGAUGAAUUAAAUGUUUAAGUAAAGGAGGUUUUAUAGAAAGUAAGCAAGCAGCAGGAAUAUAUAAAGGAAUUUGUUUUAAAUUUUUGUUAAAAAUUUAGAAAUCACCACCUAAUAGAACUUACUUCUAGAACAACCUCUUCAAAAACAACAACAACAACAACAACAUUUAAACACUAAACAAUUUUUGCAAAGAAAACUUUAAAAUUCAAUAAAAAAUAUAAUUUUCUACCACAACAAAAAAACAACAUCUACUAAUUUACUUUAAAAAGAAAUACAACAACAACAAUAAACUUUGAAAACCCCCCCCUCCCCAGAAUGUUUUAGAAAGCAACGAAGUAAUGAUUAAAUAGCAACAAUUAGUUUAAACCAAAAACCAGCUAAAAGAAAGGAUUUAUUAACACAACAACUUAUUCUGUUUUUAUGAUUAAUAUUAAACCAAAAGGCAACAAAAACAACAACCAAGUUAUUAAUCAUAAACUACAUAUUUAACUUAAACAAUAUAUAUCGUAAAUUUAUAAAAAAAAUAACAACAACUAUUUAUAAAUUAUAUAUAUAUCUAUACAUCUUCUAUAUAUGAAAAAAAAAACAACAAUAGCAUUAUUAUUAUUAUAUAUAUAUACAAAAGAAAGGAAAUAUCAAGUAUAUCUUAAACAAUAACAACAAAUAUAUAUCAUAUAUAAGAUCUCUAGUUAUUUAUAUAUAAAAACAAAAGAAUAAUAAAACCAAAUAACCAAAACAUAAAUAGUAUUAAUACAACUUCACCACGAGAUGGUCAUUUAAAAGUUAAAACCUUUAUUAUCAUAUGAAAUUUUCUAAAAUUAAUAAAAUACUUAAAAAAUAAUAAUAUUAAAUAACUAAUAUUUGCCUUAAAAUAGGGAAAACACAUUAAAAAACCAAAAUUCAAAAGUGAAAAAGAAAUUUAUAAGGAAAAUACUUCUUAUUCUCUAAUAUAAAACACAAUUUUUGAAAUAAAUUGCUAUUUUCUUUAAUAAACCUAAACAAAUGUUAACGUUUACCCUAA